CAUUCUAUAUAAGGUUUAGUACAGGUAAAAUUACACUAUAUUUUCUGAACCUAGAUAAGUUAUUGGUUGGUCGAAGAAUGAAGUGUGAGUACAUUGCGGUGGAAAUAUUAUAUUUCGUCGUAACGUUAUUUGGAACUACUAAUGGAGAUGAAUGUUACCGUGCAGAAUUUUCAGAAGAUGUCUGGCCCUGUGCCGAUUUUGACAAUAAGGUCAUGAAAUGCGACCCUCUCGAGCUGGGUAUAGUGGAAGGAAAGAACGGGGAAUUGGGCUUGCAAGGAGAGAUCGGACUUGAAUCCGUAAUUGAGGAAGGAACAAUGAUGAACGUCGAGGUAUGGAAAAUCAUUGAUAUUGGAAAGGAAUACCUGUACCAUGCUCAGGGUGACAUAUGUGGCAGUUUAAAAGACCCGAACACACCGUGGUUUCCUAUGGUUGAUGCAAUGAAGAUAAAAGAAUGCCCUAUAGCAGUGAAUAAAUAUGAAGUAAAAGAUAUGGUAAUCAAUUUGGAGCACACGAAGAAAAUGUUGAACCACGAGUUGUGCGGCUCAUAUGUUGUGCAAUUGUCGAUGUCAAUAGAACUGGAUAAGAUAUCUUGUCACGAGCUAGGAGUCGAUGUGAGUGCAUACAGUUGCAAUAAAACUGAAGACUAAAAUGGUAAA